AUGACAAAUCCAAUUCCCAUCAUCAUCUGUCUCGUGCUGGCCCUCGCGGCCUCUCGGCAAACUCUUCACUGGCUGGUCUCUACAUUGAUUGAUGCCUUUCUUCGUUGGAAAUAUCCUCUGCUUUCGCCUACUGGAAUCAGGACACUUCCCCAUGCUCGCUUUUCCUGGCCCAACGGCCAAGGUACGGAGAAAUUCUUUCAAGGGCGUUCUGUCGCUCGGGAAUGGCGCCAGCGGUGGGGCCCUAUUUACCAAAUAUGGUCUGGUUGGACGCCAGAAAUUGUCUUAACCACACCUGCGCAUGCGGCCCAGUUCUAUCGCACCUCGCACCGUCAUACAAAGGCAAACAAUAACAACUCCGGAUGGCUUUUUGGUGAGGUGCUCGGGGUCUGUGUCGGACUGCUAAGCGGUUCCGACUGGCGACGAGUGCGGCAGCACCUCGAGGAGCCAUUCUCCCGCCCAUCUGCCACGCGAUACACCGCAAGGUUUGUAACCCAGGCUCAGGAAUAUAUCAGGGAUGACCUUCAAGCGGGAUCGGUUUGUCUCACUAAGAUACCGGGGGCCAUCAGUUUUGAGCCUGCCCGGGCACUCCAGCUUUUCCCCUUCUUCACAAUGGCGGAGAUUAUUUUUGGACCCCUCAGUACAUCACAACGCAAGGUCCUAGUCAGCCUGGCGCCCCUUCGCGAGGAAUUGUUCAAGGAGGUCAUUCGCGGUGGCGUCAAUCGUCUUUCGAUCGCCCCAUACCUACCCUGGUCAGGCGUGGGACUGUUGAAAAUCUUCCAGAAACAGUGGCAGAGCUUCGUGGAAGACGCCUAUUUGCUCGCUAUACAGGACAAGCGAGCACCAUUUCUGCCGGUCGUUUCUCUCUGGGAGGCAUGGAAAGCUGGCAAAAUUACGGAGCGCGAAUGUUUUCAAACGCUUGACGAGUCACUGUACGCCAAUCUUGAUGUAACCACGCAUGCUAUCUCGUGGAACAUGCUGUUGCUGGCACAAAACGCCCCGGCUCAGACGCGACUGAGGGAAGAAGUCGUUCAAGCUGUGACUAACACCGCAGCUGAGCCAUAUGAGCGCUUUAUCGAUCGUGACGAUACCUUUCUAGCGGCCUGUAUAGUUGAAUCUUCAAGACUCAGGCCGAUCCUACCUUUCUCUAAUCCCGAAUCUGCCCCGGAAGAUCAGUUUGUGGAUGGCUACCUCAUCCCAAAGCACACCAAUGUAAUUGUCGAUGCUCAGUCAAUCAACAUCGAUAACCCUUUCUGGGAAAAUGGUACCAAGUACGACCCGACUCGCUACCAGAAAUUGAAGAAGGAGGAGGUGCGCUAUAAUCUUUGGCGCUUUGGCUUCGGACCCCGGCAAUGUCUUGGGAAGAAUGCCGCGGAGCGCAUGAUGAGGGCUAUCACAGCGGAGAUGGUGCACCAGUAUGUUUUGUCUGUUCCGGAAAAUGUAGCCAGCCAGCUCGAUGCAGUACAGGAAGACAGCUGGGUUGGCUUACCCUCCCUGCAAAUGGAGUGUGUGCCGGUCACCCAGGAUCUCUCGCCGGGUAAUCAGUCGCAUGACGGGGUGCCAUAG